GUGUUGGCCAGUGUCGACGCAGUGUAGUUCGUGCUAUACAGCUUAUAAAUCAACUACAUGUGGUUAUCUACAGUAUAUCUAGAUGAUGAGGAGUAUAAAUAGGUCUGUCCGCUGUACACUAUUCUCCCACCCCGACCCCACCUCCUUGACCCCCCGGAAUCGAUAUCGUUAUCGAUAUAGAUAUAGACAUGUCGACGCUCUUCUCACCCCUCAAACUAGGUCGCCACGAGCUCGCGCACCGCACGGCUCUAGCCCCCCUCACACGCUUCCGCGCCGACGACAACCACGUCCCACUCCCCUUCGUGAAGGAGUACUACGCGCAACGCGGCUCCGUGCCCGGCACUCUGCUCAUUACUGAAGCCACCAUCAUCACGCCCCAGGCCGGCUUGUACCCCAAUGUCCCCGGCAUCUACACGCCUGCUCAGAUCUCCGCGUGGCGCGAGAUCACCGACGCCGUCCACGCGCGCGGCUCCUUGAUCUACCUGCAGCUCUGGGCCCUGGGCCGCACCGCCUCCCUCGACACGCUCAAGGCUGAGGGCGUGCAGGACCACCUCGUCAGCAGCAGCGCGACGCCGCUAGAAGGUGCUCCGGUGCCGACCCCGCUGACCGAGGAAGGGAUACAGGCGUACAUCCGCGACUUUGCGCUCGCAGCGAAACGCGCGGUGGACGAGGCGGGGUUUGAUGGCGUUGAGGUUCACGGCGCAAAUGGGUACUUGAUAGACCAGUUCAUUCAAGAUGUGGUGAAUAAGAGGACAGAUGGCUGGGGCGGGAGCGUCGAGAAGCGAGGGCGGUUCGCGCUGGAAGUUACCAAGGCAGUGGCCGAAGCCGUCGGGGCAGAUAGGACGGCGAUACGGCUGAGUCCGUACAACACGUACCAAGAGAUGGGCAUGGCAGACCCAGUCCCGCAGUUCACUUAUAUCGUGGGCGAGCUGGCGAAACUGGGGCUGGCGUAUUUGCAUGUCGUUGGGCCCCGGGUGACGGGCAGCACGACGAUUGAGACGACGAAGGAUAUUGAUUGGCUGUUGAAGGCGUAUGGGAAUGCGUCGCCCGUGGUGCUUUGUGGCGGGUUCUCGGAUAAGACAGCGGUGGAGGCGGCGGAAAAAUACAAGGGGGAAGGGUUUGAUGUGGUAGUUGCGUUUGGGCGGUGGUUUAUAUCGAAUCCCGAUCUGCCGUUUAGACUCAAGGAGGGCAUUGAGUUUGCGCCGUAUGAUAGGAGCACGUUUUAUCAACCCAAGGUUGUAGAGGGGUAUACGGAUUAUAAGUUUAGUGAGAGAUUUGCGCUGAAGGCUGCAGCGUAGGUGGAUAUGUUUGAAUAGACUGCCCAUGCAUAUAGAUAGAGAAUAAAGUGUACAUUUAACAA